AUGCAUCCCAUCUUUAUUCUCACCGCCCUCCUCCCCGCGCUGACAGCGGCAGCCCCCGCCGCCCCCCUCGCGCCGCGCCAGACCCUCCCACCUAACGAGCGCAUCCGCAUCACGUCGGUGACGACGGCGGGCACGGGCUGUCCGUCCGGGACGUGGGCGUCGCAGAUCAGCCAGGACGGGUCGAGCGUGACGCUCGGGUUCGACAACUGGGAGGCGUUUCUCAACCCGGCGUCGGGGCGCGACAUGCGCUGCACCAUCAUACUGGCGGCCACGUACCCGUCGGGCUGCGUGGCGUUGACGGUGGUGGCGACGUCGCACGGGUUCGCCGAGUUCCCCGCGGGCAACACGGGCACGCUCGAGGCCAGCUACGGCACCAGCCCCGGGCGGCUGACCACGGGCGGCGGGGUGUCGCAGGCGGUGCUGUCGGGCGGGGUCUGGGCGGGCGGGCAGCCGUGGGUGCGGACCGAUAGCGUCGGGACGGCCGUCAACGCCGGCGGGCGGUCGGUGCUGUUCUUUGUGAAUGCGAGGGCCUUCUUUGCGACGCCGGCCAGCUCGACGGCGUUCGGGAGCCUGCGGACGGACGACCUCAGCGUGUCCUUUACCAACCAGCGACGCGUGUCUGGGCAGUGCUAG